CAUUUCCGGUUUGCUCUGUUGCUAAGUAACAGCUCAAUGUGCCCCGUCAACUGUACUGAUGUCUGUUACUGAAAACAUUAACAUUUUUUUCGGAUAAACAUCGCAUGAAGUGGUACAAAUAGUCUUAAAACGGGUCGUUUGAAGCCAUGACAGCUAUAAAAGAUGGAGAAUACACGGCUACGAUCUACAAACUGGUGAGAAUACGGCUGUUUUAGUUGCAGUUAGCAAUAGUGAUAGCAUCCCCACUGCCAUGGCGGCGACCGAAACUGCAUCCAAAAACAAGAAGUUUUAGUUUUUCUGCUCGCUGGUAAACAUACAGGUAUCUCACAACAGCAAUUUAAAACCGUCAGUGUAUGUAAAUAAAUUCGGCUUAAAGUAAUACAAGCUAGAAGCCUACUUAGAGAUUAGAUUUAGUUUUUUUCUGCUGGUCUGUUACCGUAAAAACUGAAACUCUGCAUUUAAAACCCAACAUCUAAUACCAACAUGUGUUUUAGAUAAAAGACGGACAAUAUCAGGAAGCAAUUCAUAUUCUAAACGGUCAACUCCAGAAACACACAAAGGUGAGUAUGAUAUGAUAUUAAGUUGUAGAAAACAUUUUUAGAGUUUUUAUUUGUUUAGCAGCUGAUAAAAUGUUGGCAUAAUGUUACCUGUUUGUUAUGAAUAAUACAAGUGUCCUACACAGAGACCCAGACACAAAGAGACUUAAUUUCUCUUUAUUUCAAUAAUAUCACAGUCCAGGGCAGCGCUGUCUCUGCUGGGCUUCUGCUACUAUCACAUCCAGGAUUUCACCAACUCUGCAGAGUGCUAUGAACAGCUCACCCAGCUGCACCCAGAGGUGGAGGAGUAUAAGGUGUACUACGCCCAGUCCCUGUACAAAGCUGGUGCUUAUCCCGAAGCCACCAAGGCCUCCUUUGCUUUGGACAACCCAAACAGCCACACCAAGGUGCAGCACAUACUCAUACCCACACACUCACAUGUUAAACCUCCAAAACACUAACUUCUCAGCUGCUACACUUGGAUUCAUUACCAUAUUUUGAGGGGAAAUUUAAGUGUUUAGGUCCAGGUGUUCUAUCACUGCUUCCAUCUGCAGUUUAAAAAUGCCUCACACUUACAUACAUUGAUUUUAUCCACUCUGUUCUCUCCAUCUGUUACACACAUUAAAUCACUGGGAGCUGUUGUUCAACACAAGUUUUCUAACAAAUGCACUUGGACCAUAAACAAGCUCUGUAUGGCUCAGGUAUAGGGGACCUGUUUUUACAUAUUUUGUGGUUUACAUGAAUUCAGAUCAUACAAAUUGUGAACAUGCUUAAGUGGAUUGCUUUAAGAAAAGGCUUUGUAGUUGAGGUCAUUAUCCCUUGUGGCAGAUAUGUCCAUUUUAAAGCUACUUUGAGAAGAUUUUGAUUGGUUAAGCCCGUCUUGAAUAUCUAUACUGUAACUGUAACUUUUGUAUGCAUUACUUAUUUAGAUCCUAAAAUAUUCCAAAAUCUAAAAAAAAAUGCAGCAAUUUCACUUUAAUCGUGGAAAAGUAAAUUGAGUCAUGAUAAGGAAUCAUGGAUAACAGUUUGGACUUUUUCUCUCUCUCCACCUCCUUUUCUCUCUCUUCCUCUGGCACAGAUGGUAAAGCUGCAAGCAUGCAUCAAAUAUUGUGAGGAAGAUUACUCUGCUUCCAAGGUGAUGAGUUUUCUUGCAUCAUAUGUUUAAACAUACAAAUGAUGCCAUUUUGGUUCAGUAUGUGCGCCAGUUUGGAUCGAUAUGCACAUUCAUUUUUUGGGAAGAAAACUGUAUUUAUCUUUGUGAAUGUGUGUUUAGUCACUACUGGAGCAGCUGCCUCAAGAUGACCCAGACUACAUACACAACAUGGGCUGUUUGCUGUACCAGGAUGGCAAACACGAGGAGGCCUGCAAGAGGUUUACAUCUGCAAUGCAAGUUUUGGGAUAUGUCCCAGGUGAAUACAUGAAAUCAUCGUCGUCGCUGACCCUACUUUUUUGUGCUCUUAUUCACAAUCACUGUUAUAGUAUUUUACAAGUCUUUGGUUUUUUAUCAAAGAGUUUCAAAGUGAGAAAAUCUCUUCACUUAUAUAUUUCUGUCAUGUAGGUUUAUCAAUUAAUUAAAAGACAUGGUGUAUUUUGUCCUGAAAUCCAAUUAGAAUCAAAUUUUAUCAAUGGCUCCUGAUUCCUGACUAUAUGGUGACAUAACAGUUUAAAUUGUUGUUUUUGUGUUUCUGUCCUUUUCUCUCCUGCAGCAUUGUCAUACAACAUCGCCUUGUGCUACUACAGCCUGAAGAACUACUCACAGGCCCUCAAAUACAUCAGCGACAUCAUAGAACGAGGCAUAAGAGAACAUCCAGGUGAAACCUUAUUUUUGUGUACCUUCCUCUUUUCACCUGUGCACGUACUUCUAUUUUCAUCUGCUAUAGAUGAACUUCCACCUCUGGUAUCGCAUGUCUCUUCUUAUGCCUCAUUAAUCAUUAACCUUCUUAACCUAUCUUUUUUUUUUCAUCUCUUAGAGCUGAGUGUGGGAAUGACAACUGAGGGCAUCGACGUUCACAGUGUGGGUAACACCUUGGUACUACAUCAAACCGCUCUGAUAGACACCUUCAACCUCAAAGCCGCCAUCGAGUACCAGCAGAAGAACCGUAAGAAACACAAACACUGUCUCACUGCAUUGUCUUGAACUUGGAACAUAUAAAAAUGUAAGAACAAAAAGAAAAAGGAGUGCGGAGAAAUAGUUAAUACACGAACUGAUGACAAAAACUUUACUUUUGUCACUUAGUUCAACUUAACUUUAUGUUAGUUAACCUAACUUAACUUUUUCAUCCUUACCUCUUUUUACUUUACCAGAGUUUAUUGUGUUACAGUAAUUUGCACCAUCUCUUAAUUUUGCAGUACUUCAAACCUAUUCAUAGAACUUAACCUACUUUGAUUUUUUUAUGUAACUUACUUAUUUAUACAGUAAUUAACCAAUCAUCUUAACUUAAAAUUAAACUUAACAUGAAUUUUUGUAUUUAUAUCAUUUUCAAAGACUUAAAAAAAUGUUCCUUUUUUAUCAACUUUACUUUUUUAUGUGCUUUACUUAAUGGUGCCUCACACUCACUUGAUUUGGCCUCACUUUCUAUUUUACAUUUCAGAAGUAUUUAAAACUAUACCUUUCUUUAUUUAAAUUGGUUUACUUGUAUUUAUCAAUAGUUUUCAUCGUUGAUAUGCUUUGCCACUUUGUAGUUUGUUUGUCUGUUAAAAGUGAAAAGUUUGGCCAGUAGCUGAAGCACUGUGUCAUGUAAGCAUUACACCAAAGCUUAUUUUCAAAUCCAUUAUAGUUUUAUUGACAUUUGGGCAUCAUUUUUCAGUCUUAUUUAGAAAUACAUAACUGACCAGACCAAACAGAUAUCUGCUAAAAUAACCUUAAUUUGAAGGUAAAGACUGAGUUUAAAUCAAAGCUUGAUCAACUACCUAUCAGUGGGCGAUAACUGCAGCACAUGAAGCAGAGGGUCACAGCUGAGCAGACAGUAUUAUGCUCCGUUCUCAGACAAUGUAUUUCCUGCACAAACUUACAAAAAUAGACUUAGAGCAAAACCAAAUAUCACAACAACAGUGGCGUAGGUAUAAUUGCAUUUGUUCAGCUUACACAACAACGGGUUAUGUGAUUCAGUCCCAAAUCAGAUCACUAUUUCCCUCAGCUUUAAAACUCAGCAAGGGAGAGAGAGAGAGAGAAAUACAGAAAGAGGGACAGAUAUCUGUGGGAAAGCUCGUAUAAAGCCUUUUAUCUUCAAAAGUGGGGUCGUCCUACCAACUUUCUCCAACAUCAAACCAAGGCUGCAGAGACGAGCUUACAUGUAGAGCUUAAAAAGGAGUCUGAGGAGUGUCCUGAUACCCAAGUGGUUAAAGGACUUAACUAUCAGGCUGCAAUGUCCCUCUAAAUUAUUCCCUUUUUCCCUUUCGCACAUUCCUGUCCUUACCUUCACUAAAAAUAGUCUGUUAACAGCACAAAAGAAAAGUUUAAUUAUGUAGAAAAUUCAGCUGUAAAUUAAAAAAUUAACUGAAACUUUAAGUUUAACUACAUAGUGCCCUUGGACUAGAGCUUAAAUUGCCUAACUGGAACUUUUACAAACUUUUUGUACCAGAUAAUGAAAAACAAGAGGCUGUAUUCAAAAUACCUAAAUGCCUGUACUCACCAACCUAAAGGUGUCUGUAGAAGUUUCUAAAAAAGACUACCACUGUUUGCAUUGAUUUUUAAGAGGCAGAGAAGUGGGAACUUUAAGCUGGAAACAUAGAGGUAGAAAUAUUAGAAAGCUGAAAUAUUCAUGCAUAGUUUUAUUAGGAAGGAAAUGCAUUCGACACAUUGUUUUGACCCUAGAAUACGAGUAUAUUCAUUCUAGAAAUCGAAACGCAAGUGUUGAUUUUGGAGUUGCUUUGAAAGUCUUUUUUCAAGGCUCUUUUUUGGAGUUUGUUUGUCCACUGAAGAACAAAAACACACAAUAACACUGAUAAAGAUUCAAACUCACUGCUGUCACUCCUUUGUGUUUCUGCAGUGAAAGGAGCUCAGGAGGCUUUGACAGACAUGCCUCCCAGAUCAGAGGAGGUAACAUUAUCGCCUGUUCACUAUCUCUGUACACUGUGUGUGUGUGUGUGUGUGUGUGUGUGUGUGUGUGUGUGUGUGUGUGUGUGUGUGUGUGUGUGUGUGUGUGUGUGUGUGUGUGUGUGUGUGUGUGUGUGUGUGCGUGCGUGCAGCUGGAUUCUCCUCACCCCUCGGCAAUGUGCGAUAAUUCUGCUGUAAUGAGAAUGAAGGCUGUCUGGACUUGCCCCCCCCUGUCAGCUGCAGGAUAAGAGAGAUGAAUGGAGUAUUAGAGCAGAGAGGAGGUUUGAAGGCUUACAUGAACAUAAUAAUGAUAGUUUUAUCAUCUUAAAUCUGCUUCAUUAAAAUUAAUGCGUGCCGACGAGGGCACUGUCCUUGGUUCAGUUUGUAAUUGUCACCCAGUGGGUCAGGGCUGUCAGUUCAACCUGUGAUAAGCGAGACUCGUGUCUAGCUACUGCCCUCUUGUGGCACUUGAUUGUCUGUUCCAAGAGUGUUUUCAACAUUUAAGUGCAGUUUUCUUUCAGUCAAAAUUUUCUCCUAAGAAUUCAAAUUCAUAGUUUUAUAAUGACUGCAUAUUUUUAUACUUUUUGUCCUUUUUGAACAUGCUAGAUUAAUAUGAUCAUAUCAUGCAGAAACUUACACCCAACAAAUGAAGUUAGGGUGAAAGCAUGAGAGGAAAAUGCUCUCAUGUAAAUUGAAUGAUUGUUAAACAUUUUUCAAAAUGAUUGAUUGUAUCUCCAUUUUAACUUUUUUAAAAUAUGUUUUAAUUUUCCCCAAAAUAUUCAAGGUAAACCCAGCAGUUUGAAACUUUGCUGCCAAAAUUUUAUCUUAAACAACAAGUGAGUCGAUCAUACAGUUCCAGAAACCUGCAGACUUUUUACUUUUUAGAGUUUAUCACCAACUAUAUGCAAGUUUUGAUUUUCUUCCUGUCUCUGUACUUCAUUGUCAAGCAUUUUAGCCAAUCCUUCUGAAUAAAAGGUUCUAUUUUAAUUGAGAUUUUAAUGCAAACAUAGACUUAAUCGUUAUAUCAUAGUCGUUAUAUAUGAUAGUACUGUGAAAGCAGUUAAAACCAUGGUACAAAUUCCGAUACUUGAGUGUGUUUUUCCAGGAGCUUGACCCAGUGACCCUCCACAACCAGGCUCUGGUCAACAUGGACACAAAGCCAUCAGAGGGUUUUGAGAAGCUGGCCUUCCUGCUGCAGCAGCCCUCCUUCCCCCCGGAGACUUUUGGAAACCUGCUGCUGCUCUAUUGCAAACACGAGGUACAAACAAGCUGGUCCACAACAAAACAGGAUAUGAAGGGUUUUAGAUUAAGUCAUCCAUGGCUUUGAGAAUCCUCAAGCAAGGGGUCCAAACCUGCUUCAGGACUUCUUCAAACCAAUCCAGGUCGUAGGUAAAGGUGAACAAGCUGCCAUCACUGCUGUGGAAUCUUAAUCUUAUAUAUAAGAAAAAACAGAUGAUUGACACUGUUCAGCUCAGACUUUGAGUUUAGUGAAGAAGUUGGAAGUUUUAAGAAUCUGAAUUUUUUUUUUUGUUUUAUUUAAUUGUUUAACAUAGAGACAUAUUUAGUGUUAUGAUAUAUAUGGUGUUAUAUAUGAGGGGAAAGAAAGCCCCCAAAAUAUCCUUCCUAUUUCAAGGACUCAUCCAGGACUUAAUCAAGGUGUUUUUAUGAGAUCAUGACCCCCCUGUUUUUCAUGGGGGGUGCCUGUGUCAGCAUUUUCCACCAUAAGGUAAAACACUGAGAGUCCACACAGGAACUAACAGCGUCUUUAAAAGGAUUUGCAACCACGUGGUGUGAGAGGUGUUGCUUUUUCAUUAAAAUGGUAUUAAUGUCUCUGCUGGAAACCCUCUCACUCACACAAACACACACACACUCUUUCCCUCUCUCUCUCUCUCUCUUUCAGUACUUUGACCUGGCAGCUGACGUCCUGGCAGAGAAUGCUCAUCUCACCUACAAGUUCCUCUCACCGGUAACUCGCUCUCUGCAUCCACACCAAAAUUAUAGACAUCAACUUCCGCGUACACAUUUUUCUGUCAUUAACUUACCUGCUCACAUGUUUUCGUUAAUUCUAGAAAGUUUCUCAGUAUCAUCCAUAUUUGUUUGUGUUUAUGUCCUUUUCAGUACAUGUAUGAGUUUCUUGAUGCCUUGUUGACCUGCCAGACAGCACCAGAGGAGGUACUGUAAAGAUAACCAGUUCAUGUGUUUAUUCGUUGGCCACAUUGAAACUCAAAUAGUUUCCCUGGCUUUGGUAUCCUUGAUUUUACUGUUUACAUCUCAGAGGGUUUAUGUUUUCUUUUGUAACUCAUCAGCUAUGUUAGCAUUAGUCUUUUAUUGUUAAAUCAUAAAGACCCUAUCUCACUAACUCUUUGCUGUUUACAGGCUUUCAGGAAGUUUGACGAGAUGAACGGCAAACUGACAGAGCAGUUACGCAAACUGGCCAAGCAGGUAGUUUUGUUCAACUUCUGUGCUUUCUUUGUUUCUUUUCAAUAUUGUGUUUGAUAGCAUAUAAUUGUAUUUGUAUUUUAUGGGUCUUCUUUUUCUUUUAAAUAUAAAAAAAAACGUUUACUUUCUGCUCAUGUUGCUUAAUCUUGCUGCUAUUCAUCCUGGCAAUUGAAAAAGUGACCAUAGUAGGUAGCUUUAGAAAAAUGCAGGGGAGUAAAAAUUGUUAUACACUCUUAAGUGUGCAAAAAUGCUUCUUGGCAUGUGGCUGUUGGACUUGAAAAUCCCAUUCUUAAUUGCAUACUUAUAAUUCCAUUAUUUUGCAUUUUAAAACAGUUUGAAAGUCCACAUUAACAAUUAUUAUUAUCAUCUUUACUUUAGAUUUAUUAAUAAAGCAAAUGCUGCUCUGCUACUUAAGUGAGAUCUGAUCAGUUGUUCCUGUAUGCUUAGCUUUUAGGUGGUAAACCCAGAGAACUUAAGUGAUCAAUAAAUUUCAUUUGACACAAAGUGUAUUUUAUUUUUGAAUUCUCAGCUGAGCUAUCUGUGAGUUUUUUUUAUGUGAAAUGAGCCAUUCAAAAGCACGUGGUGGUGUUUUUUUUCAUUAUGAGAGCAGCAGGGAGACACCAGCAAAACAACCACAUGUACAGUAAAUGUUGAACAUGUUAAUUUCAGACCUUAAUCUAACCAUGAUCAACUAAGUUAACACUGACAGCACUAGCACUAGUUAUUCUUAUGGCAAGGUGAAACGUGGAUUGUGUUAUAGAAAGUAUUCGGCCAAUGUUUCCUUUGUAUGUUUUCUUGAAGGCGCAGGAGGCUCAGCAUGCUCGAGAUGAUGAGGUGAAGAAGAAAGCUAUACAGGACUACGACUUAAUGCAGGAAAAGUGAGAAAGACAUGCAUACACAUACAUGUUCACGCAGAGCUCUCUGAGUUUUAUUUUGUUUUCUCCUGUCAGCUGGUCAUUCCCUGUCUUUAAAUAUUUUUCAUUUCCUUUCCUGUGUGAAUAUUUUUAUAGCUAAAUUCAACUUGGAGAUAUUUUUGACAGAAAUUGUGACUGACAUGUAUGAGACAAGAUCAGCAAAGAGAAAAAAGGUCCCACUUUGUCCACAGGAGGCAAAAAAUGAGCUCAAACAGAAAGUUCCUCACAUGAGCUCUAGGUCAAAUUCAAUUCACAAAACCAAGUGUCUUAACUGGAGAGUUGGAGAGAACAAUUUUAACUUAAAGAUCUGAUCAACUGUACCUUGGCCCUGUUUCUUACUCCACAUUAAAAACAGGUAGUUUUUUUCUACAUGAAGCCGUACCUGAUACUGUCUUCUCAUCCUCCCUGUGUACUCUUGGUCUUAUUUCAGUUACAUUGUGGUCCUCAUGGCUCAAGCAAAGAUCUACUGGAACAGAGAGAACUUCCAGGUGGUGGAGAAGAUUUUUCAUAAAUCAGCGGAGGUGUGUAACAAUGACACCUGGAAGCUGAAUGUCGCCCACGUGCUCUUCAUGCAGAACAAGUACAAGGAGGCCAUCAGCUUCUAUGAGCCCAUCGUCAAGAAACACUACGAUAACGUAAGUGAUUUAAGAUGACUCACACACAUUGCUCUGUAUCAGCCACUCUGAGGAAAGAGGGGGUCAGGUCUGAAUAGUUUGCUUCUCUGUCCAGGUGGAGCAGUGUAACAUUCAGGAGUGUCCGUGCAAGUGCAAACCAUCGGUAAAACAGAGACUGUACUGCUUUUUAUUGAUUCCUCUGGCGUGUUUCUUACAGCUGUGCAUGACAUUGAAAUUUUCCAGCUGCCUCUUCUUGUUUUUUGUUUUUUUUUGUUUGUUAGCUUGCGGUGGUAUUCGUUUCUCUUUAUCUGCCUCUUAAAAUUUCAUCUUGGAUGUCUUGUUUGAAAGCCCAGCAAAGGAACCGGUUGAAAAGGCUCAAACAACAAGACCACUAGAAAAGUCCCUAAAUAUUGAAGUGUGGCCUUUCAUAUCAUAUUACAUGUUAAUAUUCAACAGUUGUUUCUUUUUGUUGUUCUGAAAAAAAUGUAUGUGUGUCUAGGAAAUUUACGUCAUUUUCUCUUUGAAAUUUCAAAGGAUUCUGUUAUAUUUAGAAUAUUAGUAUCUUUGGGUCCACAUGACUUAUAGAAGCAACAUUUUUGAAUGGCCCUUGCAGCCAGAAAUAUGCCAAUUCAAACACAUUGAAGCAAGCUCCUUUUAAAGUCACUCGACCACACUGCCAAAAAGUUUUUCUUCCACUCGUAACAAUGGAGUUCAAACACAACACAAUGACUGAAGGGAUACAGUUUAAUUUUUUUCUUUUCAACGUUUGGCAUAUUUAUUAGCAAACUAACUAACAGGCAGUAGUGGACCAGAAACUCCUGUAAACUGUGGUGCUUAGGAAAAAAAAACACACAAUAUUCCUCGAAAAUGCUAAAAAACAAGUGAGGAUACAUAAAGUCAGCUGAACAGUAUCAGUAUGAGCAGAUAAUGGCCUGAAAAGUUAAUUGUUGGAACAGUGACAAUUCUAUUGUUUAUUUCACCUGCCCAUUUCCAAGAAACAUAUUUACCAAAUAAAAAAACCUCCCGGUAACAUUUCCAUUGAUUGUAAAAUGAUGAUGACACAAAUCCACAUUUUUUUUGCAGAGAUAGAGAGUUACGAUGUGAGAUUACAGUAAGAACUGUAUGAUCCCUUCACCUAUGCUUACCUAAGUUUGAACUUCAGCAUGACCUAAAACCCCUAAUCUAAUCAUGUGACCAGUUACCCAAUACUGCACCCUCGUAAAACCCCCAUCACUUGAAUUAAAACACAAACUAUUUACAUCUGGAGAAAUCUAAAAAUUUCUAUUGUUAUUGCACAUCAUCUAGUUUGCAUUUAUCGCCCGUAGAAGGCAUCAAUAUUUUUUGUCUUAAAAACUCCUCACAGGAGCUUUAAAGAUGGUACGCAGAAUAAAGACACAUGUAUAGAUGAAUAUGCCAAAAAAAGAAAAAAACAUUAACAAAGGGAUAUAAUAUGUGAGUGUAUGUGUUUUUUAUUCUAGAUCUUGAAUGUGAGUGCUGUGGUUCUGGCCAACCUGUGUGUGUCCUACAUCAUGACCAGCCAGAAUGAAGAGGUGAGCUCUCAGGAAGCUUUUAUCCGACUCCAUAGUCAGUGCUGUAAGCGAAGAAAUAACACUGAAAAUGGCCAGUCUUUUAAACAGUCACUCUCACCACCUUUUCACAAGAUUUUGCACAUAUCAUCAACCUUUGGUGCUGAAAAGACUAAGCAUGCCUCCUUCAUUCUCCUCUUGCUAAAUUUUGAUUUCCUUUCUGUCUCUUCAUAUCAUCUUGGUCUGUCAGGCGGAAGAGCUGAUGAAGAAGAUUGAGAAAGAGGAGGAGCAGAUCUCCUACGAUGACCCUGAAAAGAAAGUCUUCCACCUCUGCAUUGUCAACCUAGUCAUUGGGUGAGUUUCGGCUGCUGCUUCCCUAAUCCUGCUGGGAAAACUGCUCCAGGGCCAGAACACCAGGGGCUUUUUUAGCAGUAGAGGGCAGAGGCUGAAGCUUUUUAUAAUCUGCUGCUCAACUUUAAAGAGAGGAGCAAAGCAACGAUACAUCAACAAUAAAACCACUGCACAUAAGAGAUAAACAUAUAUUCAUAAACAGUAUGUACAGUACAUAAGUUUAUUGAUAUCCACAUUAUCAUUUCCUGCAGCUGAAGUCCAUGUCCACUACCUUCUUACUGUUUUCUCUUAACGUGUGUUCUUCUCUUAGGACUCUGUACUGUGCCAAAGGGAACUAUGACUUUGGUAUCUCUCGAGUAAUCAAAAGCCUGGAGCCUUACAAUAAGAAGGUCAGACAUUUAUGAACUGAUAUCUUUGCUCUUUUACAGACCCUCUUCCAGUCACAUGACAAUAUAAAACACUUAUUUUCAGGUUUUGUAUGACAUUAAAAGACCAAACAUAAAAGACAAAGCAUCAUGUGUUGAGCCUAAAAUACAGGUCUAAGCCCUCCCACUGAGGUCUCUCCUCUGAGGCUGAGCUGCUCUUUUUUUGGGACCUUUUGAUCCGGUUCAGUCGCAACAGCAGACUCAGGCUGCAGCUGAGUCCACUAAGCUCCAGCUGAGAACACAAGCCGUCAUUCCUGAGUGUUUCCCCCUCUCAUCCUCACAACAAACACCAGUACACAGAGUUACACGAGCAGAGAAAGCAGAGGAGAGUUCAGGAAUGUGAAGCCUACCCUUUCCAAAAAGAAGUAUGUUGAAGUGUACUUUAAGUAUACUGUUUUUAAACUAAGUAUACUUUCAGGUUACUUUUUAUGCACUUUUCAGAGAUAUACUUAACAAAGUUCAUGUUAAGUAUACUUGGCUUGUACUAAGAGUGUAAAUAUAUUAAACUUAUACUUAAAGUUUUGAUCAAGAUAAACUGAAGUAUGUAUUUGUGCCUUAAGUUUAAGUAUAGUUUUUAAGUGAAUACUUCCAUAUAUCUUUUUAGUAUACAAGUAUACAAAUAUAUACUCCUAUUGAAAUAAUAGCAUAUGCUCCAGUACAAUAGCAAGUAUGCUCCAGAGUAGACAGGCAGAUGGCCGAGUGGGUUGAGAUUUGUCCCAUGAUGGGGACCAUGAACCCAGCAGUCGCAGGUUUGAUUCCAGCCCUGGUCCCUAGCUGCAUGUCACCCUCCUUUCGCCAUCUCCCACAUGUCCACUCUGUCCUAUCCAUUACAGGCAAAAAUGACCCCCCAUAAUAAAGGUAUGCUUCAGUGUACUUUUAUAAACUACAAAGGGGACUAGAAGUAUGCUACUGGUAAACUAAUAGCAUACUAAGAAGUUUACUUCAAGUGUACUUUUAUGAACUUAAAUUGGGACAAUUCAUUUCCAAGAAGUUUACUUGUAAGUACAUAGGUAGUAUAUUUGUGUCCGUGUACAAAGUAUACUGUGGGAAAUAUGCUUGUAAAUAUACUUCAAAAAAUGUGCAGUUGAUUUCAUCUUUAGUGAAAAGUAUUACUCUUCAUUUUACAGAAAUAGUUUAUCCUGGAGCUUUCUUUAUUUAUCCAUGUCUAUUUCUGUUGUUAUGCUGCAGUAAAAGCUGAAUUUUGAUCCCUAUUUUAUCCCUAAAGACAGUUUUUGUGUGUGCUUGUGUGUGUGUGUGUGUGUAGUUGGGAACAGACACGUGGUUCUACGCCAAGCGUUGUUUCCUGUCUCUCCUGGAGAACAUGUCCAAACAUAUGGUCAUGCUGAGGGACGCUGUGGUACAAGAGUGUAUUCAAUUCCUGGAGCACUGUGAGGGUAAGCUGCAGCAAAACACUCACACACACACAUACACACACACACACACACACACAUACACUUAAAAAGCUUUUUGACGGUCAUCGACUACAAAUAAAAGCUGCUGUUGCAUGUAGAACAAACAGGACCUGAUGUUUUAAAAUUCUCAUAGGACUUUAUGGAUUCCUCUCUCACCAUUGUCAAUAUAAACUGUAACCAUGCAGCAUGAUUUGAAAGCUUGACACACUUGGCAUAUGAAAAAGGCAUUUAUCAAACAGCACUGACAUUAAUCCUUUCCAGUAAAUUUAUCCUCAUAAUCACAGUGAUUCUGUGGCUAAUCUCCAGCUCUAAAUCUACCUGUAGUUGUCCUUGCAGUUAUAUAAUUAUUAUUUCCAUUAUAUCUGUAAAUGUAUCUCUUAGAACUGCUUGACUCAGCUUUAAUUAGCAUUAUCAGUUCUCCUCAUUUUAUGCUUUUUAUGGCUAAUAUAUGAAUUUGGUGCCAAUACAUGGAGCCUUAUUUUUAGGAGGCUGCAAGUAAACCAUGCUGCCUUCUUGCUGCCUGUUUUCAAAUCUUACUUUUUUUACUUCCUGUUUUUCUUUCUGUUGGUCUCAACACUUCUAUUUAAUUAUCUCAGUGUUUUAUUUGUUUAAUGUGCCUUUUUUUAGUUUUGUUUUUGGUCUAACAUUCUGAAUGUACAGCACUUUUGACAUCUCCUGUUGUUUUAGAUGUGUUUUAUGAAUAAAUAUGGAUGUUGAAUUUGGAACUAGGAUCUGAUUUUGAUCCUGAUCAGGUGAAGCUGGGUCCUCAUAGAAAUGAAAAUGGAUGUUAAAUUUAAAAAAGGGAGUAGAUAGAUGAGAAACAGAAGGGGGCCCAGGACAGAGCUCUGAGGGACUCAGGUAGUGAGUAUAAAUUAAAUCCAGGAAUCUGUUUUAUCUGCCGUGUUUUUGUCACGCUGUCCUUCUAGCUAAGCCUGACAUGAUAGCAACAGAAAGCUGUUAAACAGGAAUGUGAUGCUGCUUGAAAGUUUUUCCCAUUAACAUUUUCUUGUGUUUGUUACUAAAUGUUGAAGAGUGUUUGCUCAUAAAGGAUUUUCAUUUGUUUCACCUGCAGCUUAUGGUCGGGAGGUCCCCGCCAUCAUCGAGCAGCCUCUGGAGGAGGUCCGCAUCCACAUCGGCAAGAACACGGUCACCUACGAGGCUCGGCUGCUGAAGGCUCUGUUCUACGAGGUCACUGGCUGGAACAAGUGACAUCAUCACACAGACUUUCAAUAACCAAAGAACUGCCGUCACGGUGCGCAGCCAGAGAUUUCUGCGUGUCUCUGUUUGGAUUAAGACAGUGAACUCGAGGUAGAAGACAGUCAUCGACAUGUAGCGGUACACACACACACACACACACACACACACACAGAUGUAUCUUGAAUGAAGCCUGCUGUGCAAGCUUGAACUUCCAAGGAAUCAACAGGACUUGCAGUUCGAAACACUUAAUGUGCAGCUUUUGGACUUGCUCCUCCCUUCUCAUCCCCCUGUCUUUCUCUCUCUCUCUCUCUAUCUCUCUCUCACACACACACACACAAACACACGACUAAUUUUUUUAUCUAAGGCUCACCUUCAGGGACAUUAAAGUCAGAGUUGAUUUGCUGUGACUAUCAUUUCUACCUAAUUAUAUGAAUGAUAUUAAUUUUACAAAUAACCAGCACACCUUUAACAUUAGUUGUUUAUUCUGUAACAUGAAAUACAUGAUAACAUUUUGUAUGCAAGUUUAUUCACAAGCAUUCAAAGUUUAUGUAUAUUCUGUCUGUUGUCACUUUCUGUGGCUUUGUUUUUAGUUAAAAAAUGUCUGUGAAAAGUAGUUAUUUAAAGAAAAUAAAGACAAUUAUUUUUGGAUCGUCAA